AGUUGCACGACAUGGCGGUAUCGGGGAGCGGGGCUGCUGAAGACCCGCGGAAGGCGACGGGGUGAGGAGGAGGAGGAGGAGGACGGGGAGGGGAAGCGCUGGGCAGCACAGUCUCCAAAGGCCACCAACCACCUCCGGCAACAGAGAGAAAGCGCCAGAGCGCCCCCGCGCCGCGCCGGGCACCACGGGAAAUUUGACGAGAGGGGCUGCUGAGGCGCGCGCGGCAGUGGCAGCGCCCUCUUCCGGUCAGAGGGGUGUAAACCUUACCACUCUCCUCCGAAAAAAAAGAAAAGGAGGCGGGGAGACUUCCCCCACCCCCUCCCGUCUGACUCCGUGCGGAGCGUGACGGGCCCUGCGCGCUACCGCCAACUGCCGGAGCUCGCGCUGCCCUCGGCCAAUCGGCUUCUUCCCCCCCGCCCCUUGUCAGGCAGGGCGCGCGUGGCUGAUGCUGUGAGCCAGGCGGAGUUUGGAUUGCAGGGCGAAGUCUCUCUCGCCUUCGAAAAGGGAGGCGCGUAAAGGCAGUAGUGACAGCCACACGGUGGCCAGAAGCGACUUCGCCUCUCGCCCCUGAGCAGCCGCCGUCUCUCUCUCUCCCUCAGGAGCAGGAGGUGUCCCUCCUCGCCUCGGCCGCAGGCUCUCGGAGCAUCCUGCUGAGCUUGGCAGCCCGGAGUCGCAGCUCCAGAGGGGCAGCAUGCAGGUGAGACCCAGAAACGUCUGGUCUCCGUGAGGCGGAGGGAAGGGAUGUUAUUGCGUUUCUGUCCCACUCCUCUUCAAACCCCUGUGAGGUAGGCGCUAGCCUGAGCGGGGCCCCAACUGACCCAUGAAGCCUAUAGCUGAGUUUGGGACUUGGGCUAGAAAACUGUGCUUCAGAUCCAGCACUGCUGCCCUGGCACUGUUUCUGCCUCAGUCAGAGCAGAGAAUUGGUUUUGGUCAGCUGUGUUUGUGCGAUCACUGGAAAGCAAGAGAAAGAGUCCCUUCCAUUAAGUCUCUGAAGCCCUGCGGACUGAGGUAAAGCAUCCGAAACAGGGCAACUUGUGACUUGGGAAUCAAACGUCAGUCUCUUUGUAUCGGUCCCUUGCAAUGUUUGUAUUCUGCCUUUGUGUUCACUCAGGAAUAUUCAGGACAGCUUAGGGUACAAAGAAAUAAUAAAGCAAGUAUAUAUAGUGUUAGAAGCCCAGUCAAAAUAACUGUGAAGCCAAUGGAGCUAACAAAAGAGGUGUCGGAAUGCUUGGGGUGGGGACCUGAAACUUUGCAGAAGUAGAAAAUAUAUUGGGGUGAUGGGAAACUAAACAACUCAAUGAGGACGGAAGGACUGAGCAUGUGAUUAGUGACCACAGAAUCCCACUGAUGGGGGGAGACAGAAAAACAGGGAGAUUGAAUAUCCUGAAAGAAGGCAUAGCUGGCUGAAACUCUGAAAAGGGAUAUUCUACACUGCAACAUUUUGUGGCAGCUCCCACUUGUAUAGCUCUGAAGGGCACACUGGCUAAUAAUUAUCAAUUAAUAAUGCAGUCAGAAGACUCAGCAGAUAAUUAAAUGCACUGAAGCAGAAAAUCAGGACCAGAGUCCAAACUCGGCUACUACCCAUGCCAAAUGUUUGCUUAAAGUUUAACAACAGGAGUUUGACCUGGUGCCUAAAAGUGAGCAUGGAGGAAGCCAGACACAUCUCCCUGGGCAGCAAAUUGUCAAUUCCUCAUUUUCUUUUGGUGGGUUAUGUCUCCGCUGUGACCAUUUGAACCAUUUUGCAUUACCUGGAUGUGACUUUGGGGCCCAUAGUAUAUAUGAUUUCAGAAGAUUAAGUCUAAGACCCAGGAGUUACAGGGAAAUAUCUACUUCUACAGGGUCUGUUACAUAAAAAUGUUGUGGAGACUUCAUAAAGAAACCCUUUUACCUUCCCUCUGGCCUUAGAAGUGGCUACCAGAUAUUGCUCUAGAAUGAGCCACCUGCACAAACAUGAAGCAACACUAGGAAAGCUGCACACAUGGUUUUGUUCUUCUUUCUAGCCCCAAGCUAAAAGAAAAACCAAAAAAGCAAGUGCAGCAUCUAUAACAUUCUGAAGACUGGAUGUGGAUAUUUCGCAACCAUUAAGAGUCUGCAACUCUUUAGGACUAGGAGGGAAUAUGAGAAGUGUCAGGUGAUGUUGUCACAGACUAAUACUGUUGCAGUUACAUGACCAGCUCUUGAUGACCUGGAAUUAGUUAUUUGUUGCUAUAGGUGACCAAAUGACUACUAAAUUACAAUACUGUUGAAUGACUAACAUACUGUUACCUACUUCGCCUUCAUGUUCUAAAGACCUCCGAAGCACAGUAACUGGUGUGUCUGCCUCUGUUCUGUGGAACAGAAUUCCUGUCAGGCUAUGACAGACACCUGCUAUCUGCAUGUUUGGCUGUCUAAUUAGGGUAUUGUUUUUAAAUUUAUCUGUUAUAUUCUGUGUUUUUAGCUGUUUUUGUUGCAUUUGUGCACCUGGUGAUGUUUGUGGAAGUCAAUGUAAUAAUAAUGCUUUAGGAUAAAGCAGGCUGGAAGUCUCAAAAAGUUAAAUGGAAAAUAUAUUGGGUACAACUUUAGACAAAGAGUGAACGUGUCAAAAUUAUGCUUUCAUUGUUACAUAAAACUCAGUUUUGAUUCACAGCUGCUGCUCUUUCUGCUAAUGUGGAGGAACAGUUUUUUCGUGGACGGCUAACAAAUUCUACCAAUGUAAUGAUUGUCUGUGGCAUGACAGAAAGCAUGGAAACUGAAUGACCCCAUCCUUCAUAUUUUUUGAAAGCAAUAUCAGGUGGUAUUGCAAAUACUAAUGAAUGCGUGUGCUAGUUACUUUUGUGUUCUGCCUUUUCACUCUGCUAUUCAGAGGUGUUUGACAUGGGAAAUGCAUGGGCUCAAGCAUUAUACACAGCUUGCAUGUGUCUCUUGCAAUAAUUCUUUUUUCAGAUAUUACAACAAAAUCAUGAAUCACUGGUACAAUUGCUUAUAAGCACUUGUAGUGUCUGAAGCUGGUUGGACAGUCAUGAACUAGAAACUACCUCCAUGUGGAAGGCUGUGCAUAUGAGAAACUUUUGUGAUGUUUUCCUAUUCUAGGGUUCAAAGAAGCUAGUGAACACAAUUCUGGGUUGUGCAGACGAUGCAUUGGCUGGAACAGUGGCUUGUAAUCCUCAUCUCCAGAUGCUGCAUGGACACAGAGUGGCAUUACGUGCUGACUUGGAGAAUCUGCGGGGCAAAGUGGCACUUAUUUCUGGAGGUGGUUCAGGACAUGAGCCUGCACAUGCAGGUUAGUGAGAUCAAAGUUAUGGGAGCUUUGAGUCUGGGGGAGAGAGUUUCAAUCUGGUUUCCCUCACUUCACUUGACACUGGCAUUUCAUGAAUACAAAGAGAAGAGGACAUCCUGUGAUUCCAUCUUUCUGGACAUCAUGAACUGAAAACUUUUGUGCCACAGUUCUCCUGGCAGCUGUAGGAUUCAGUUAUUGGAGUUAAGAUAAACAGCCACAGAACUAGAGUGUGAGCAAGAUGCUCCCAAAGCAGAUGCAAUACUGCCAUGCCUGUCUUCUUUCCUUAGGGUACAUCGGGAAGGGAAUGCUCACUGGAGUGGUAGCUGGUCCAGUAUUCACUUCACCUGCAGUGGGUAGCAUUUUAGCAGCAAUUCGGGCUGUGAGGCAAGCUGGUGCAGGUAUGGCAUCAUUUUUGGUAGAUGAACAUCUCUCUUGAGGGAGGAAUAUCACAGAAUUCAAACCAUCUCUCUUCUGUAGUUGGGACACUGCUAAUAGUGAAGAACUAUACUGGGGACCGUCUGAACUUUGGGCUGGCAUUGGAACAAGCACGGGCAGAAGGGGCUUCUGUGGAGAUGGUGGUUAUUGGUGACGACUGUGCCUUUACCAAACAGAAGAAGGCUGGCAGGAGAGGACUAUGUGGCACAGUGUUAAUACACAAGGUAGGAAUCAUCCAUUCCCAAAUUCAGAACAACAUUGUCAUUGACUCAAGACCCCACUGUACAGUAGUAUUACCAAAGUGCAAAUAAUGCUUUGAGGCCUAAGAAUGUUGUAGAGUGUGAGGUGCCCAUAGGCAUUCCUCCCUGCAUAUUGUGCCUGAACUCCUAGCCACAAAGAAGCAUGAUUCUUCACACAGCCAUUCUUCUCCUUUAGUCCUGACACACCUGGCUUUGUCCCUGUAGUAUGAAGUGAAGGAAUGUAUGCUAAUCUGCUGUAAUCCUUUUGUUGAGAAAUCAAAGCAACAUUUUUCCUUACAGUUGUUUAUGUUUAGGUAGCUGGGGCUCUGUCUGAGGCAGGUUGUGGUCUGAGUGCAAUUGCUCGCAAGGUUACUGCUGUUGCACACUCAAUGGGUAAGUGUUUAAGUAGCUCUCUUUGGGGGAUAAGCAUCUGGCCAAAGGCUACAUUAUUCUUUGACACUUGGCAAAUCAAGCAGUCUAGCAAGGGCAUGCUGGCUAAAUUUAUUAUGCUGUCUUUUAUAGGGUUUAUGGUUUUGACAUGCAGUGAAUGUAUUGAAGAUUUAAAAUUAAAGAUCCCUGAAAGAAAGAGAGCCCCAAUUUGGUUGGCUGAACCUUUGUGGUUAGUGUAUAAGAUUUGGACUCAGCAUUCACCAUCGCCUAGUUUAACCUCCCACACAGGAUAGUUGUGAGGAUUAAAUGGGGAGAACCAUAUACACCACCUUCAGGUCAUUGGAGGAAAAGGUGAGGUAUAAGAACUUGAGAAGAGCACUGAUGGGUCAGAUCAAAGACCUAUCUGUCCAGCUAUGUGGUCCCUAAGUUCCCAACCAGAUGCCUUUGGGAAUUCCAUAAGCAGAACAGAGGUGCAAUAAGACACUACUACUCAUGAUCUCUAAUAACUGGUAUUCAGAAACAUGCUGCCUCUGAUAAUGCAGGUAAAAUAACUAUCAUGAUUAGCAGCCAUUGAUAGCUUGAUAUAAGUUUAAUUAAUAUGAACAAAUAAUGUUUCUGUAAUUAGCACGUGAUCCUCAAGAGUGCACCUUUUAAUCCAAAACUACAUUGCAAUAUUGUACAGUGGUACCUCGCAAGACAAAUGCCUCGCAAGACAAAAAACUUGCUAGACGAAAGGGUUUUUUGUUUUUUGAGCUGCUUCGCAAGACGGAAACGUCUUGCAAGUUUGUUUCCUUUUUCUUAACACAGUUAAUACAGUUGCAACUUGACUUCGAGGAGCAACUCAUAGAACACGGUGUGGCAGCCUUUUUUGAGGUUUUCAAAGACUUUGGUGAUUUUUGAAGCUUUUCCAAAACUUUCCCGACACCGUGCUUCGCAAGACGAAAAAAAUCGCAAGACGACAAAACUCGCGGAACAAAUUAAUUUCGUCUUGCGAGGCACCACUGUAGUAUCAUUUAGAGUUGUGCAUUGUAACCCAGGGCAUAAGCAGAACAUACACUUUUGUCUAUUUUCUUGUACUGAUGCUGAAACAUCUGUAUGGAAGGUGGCAUUUUAUUUUUGCACAGGCACCCUUGGAGUUAGUCUAACCCCCUGCAGUGUUCCUGGAUCUAGACCUACCUUCCAGCUUGCUGAUGAUGAACUUGAGCUAGGCUUAGGUGAGGAAUGUGUUUCCAUCUACUUCUUUAGAAUGUCCUCAUGAGCAUUGUCUCUUUGGGACUGCAUGCUGUUUGUUUUGGGACUCUGUCCAUGCUCUGAGUUAUUAGUUGUGACCAGUUCCAUUCCAUCAUUGCAGGCAUAGGAGUCAGUCUGAGGCACUAUCGCCUAUGAUUCAUGGGUAUCCAUUAUCAGUCAGACACUAAAGGGCACAGAUAUGUUCUUUUACUAUUUUUCUUUUGUGUGUAGCUUGAGUUCACUGGCUAUAUAUCACUGACUAGCCUGACUAGGAUUUCAUCAAUUACUGCCCUUAAACUCAGUCAUCUUCUAUUUAGAAAGAAGAUAGUCAUGGCAGGUGCCAUAACUGAUAUCUGCUAUCUUGCUCUCUGUAGGAAUCCAUGGUGAAGCAGGUGUGCGCAGGAUGAAGGUAAGUAGCCUGUCACCCUUUUGCUAAUGAAGAAGUACAACCAUGCCCCCUUACACAUGUCCUCUUCACAGAUAACAUCAGCAGAUCAGGUUGUCAAAAUAAUGCUGGAUCACAUGACCAGUCACUCCAAUGCUUCACGUGUGCGACUCAGGUCUGGUGAGUAACAAUUUUGAGGCUGGCCUAUAUAAUAUUCCUUCUACUCUGAGGAAUCUGGGAAUAUUUUUUUCUGUGGCUAUUUUUCUAUAUCUGAGCUGUAAUAUAUAUACAGUACAAUAUAUACAAAAAUGCUUGUAAAAUCACGUCAUGUAGCGAGUUUCUAUUACAAUAUCAGCAAUUGCUGGAAUGGAGAUUUACUGUGUGAUUGGGCAGUCAUUGAUCAGUAGAUCCAGAUGUUAGCCCAGAUGUGGAGAAAUAGCCACGCAGAAGAUUUUUAUAUCACCUUUUGCAUAUUAAGUAUAGUGUUCAGAUUAGUCUUCAAUCUUACUUUGUUUUGGCUUUCAGGUGCUUCUGUAGUCUUGAUGGUGAACAAUUUGGGUGGGUUAUCCUACCUUGAAUUAAGUGUAGUGGCUGGGUCUGCUGUGCGUUGUCUUGGUAAGUUUCCCUUGUUAGAAUAUUGGUUAAGUGAGAUUGUCUAAUUCUGCACUGUGUAAAAUUAAAAACUAUGCAAAAUUACAUAAAUGAGGCCUGUAAAAUACCAGAUUGCCUGAGGUAAGAACAGAAUUUGGAGCAUGCUUAAUUGUGCAAAACUAGCAUUUAAUGUUUAGAGUGAUGCCUAGAAGUUUAGAAUACUUACAAUGCAGAUUAUAUGUAGUUGUUUGAUAAAGCUCAUCACAUUUUACUUAUUAGAUCAGCUUUAGAAAAACUCAUCUUUUCCAACACCAGUAGAGCACAUGCUGUCCAGACUAGUAUGCCACAAGCUAAGAGUAGGUGCAGUGUGUAAAAAAAGAAAGAAAAAGAAAACAUAGAACAAAUGGCUUGAAAUAUAAUGAAAUAAAUCACACACUAAGAAAACAGGGCACCAGUCAGCUACUGGGGACAGUAGCUUCACAGUUCCAGAUAUGACAGCAGAACGUUGAAGCUUAAUUUGGUGUAUCUCCACCAAACAUUAUAUCACUGUGGGACAUCAAUAUGCCAUGUUCUGCAAGACGGGGAUAUAUUGGGAAGAACCUUUAUCAGAGGAUCACACAGAUGUUCAGGAAAAAAAUGCACAAUACCUUUCAUAAAUCCAUCUGGCUCCACCCUGGCAGAGAUGUAAUGUUCCUAAUCAUGCUUCUUAGUUUCUCUUGCUUCAUCACUACAGAGAACAGGGGCAUCCAUAUUGCCCGAGUUUUUGUUGGCUCCUUUAUGACUGCACUGGAAAUGGCAGGUGUCUCCCUUACUCUUUUGCUUGUAGAUGAUGAGCUGUUGACUCUCAUUGGUGAGUUCUUGAGAUACCAGUUUUCUUCUCAAAUUUGCAACUUGAAAAUAAGUUGUGACUUAAUUGAGGAGGGUGUGUGGGAUGUGUGUGUAUGUGGUAUAUAUCUUGAAAAUAUGUAUUACGUGUUGGAGGCACAUUUCCUUCCUGAUAAUGAGUACAUUCUCUUUCCAAUACAGAUAAAAUAGAUAAUACAAAUUACAUUAUUUCCCUUGAGCCAAAUGGCAGCAUUUCCUGACAGUUUGACUGAAUGUCUCCAGCUUGCUACAAGCUGCCAGACUGCCCAAUUCUGUUAUGUUGGGCUUGGUUAUUUGGGGUUCAUAACCAGACUUUUGUGGCUUCUGCUAAGAAAAAUGCUGAUGAUUUUCAAGAGUCCAUGUGUUAAUGACUUCAUGGAUAUGAACCAAUGGUGUUGUGAAACUAUCAGCAAUUUUAUAUCACAGUCUUGUAUUCCAAAUUCUAGAUUCCGACACUGCAGCUGUUGCGUGGUCACAACCUGCCAAGGUGCAUGUGUCAGGCCAGAAAAGAGUGAGAGAGUCAGUAGCACCCAAGGAAGAGGAGGAAGAGGAGUCUUUUCCAUUUAGAGGUACAGGCUGAAACAUCAUCUCUCUCUGUCUCUCAGAAAUUUCUUGCCAGAUUCAUGGUAUAGUUUCAAUUGUAAAAGCUACAGCGGGUUUGUAUGCCACCUUGUGAAAGUUGGCAGGGAAACACUGAAAGUGGCACAAAUCAAACGUACUGAAAGCGUACUCCUGGCAGGGGAAACGCAAAGCCGCGCACAGAAGACUAUUAGCAAAGUAGAGGGCCACAACAUCACUGUGGGAACACAAGACCAAUUCGGGUCCAUCGGUGUAGUGAUUAUAGUUAAUUGUGAUUAAUAUGGACAAAAUGCUGCAGUGGUUUGAACUGCUCCUUUAAUAAUAAAGAAAGAAAUAAAAUAAUAAAUAAUAAAGUGUCUGCUGAGACUGUGAUUCUGGCUUUUUGAUGGCAGAAUUCCCUUCUCUCAAGAAGCAUUGAGAGUGAAAGUAAUAUGGAGACACAAGCAGCACCAACAGGAGCCAUUGUGUCCUGUUUGAAGCAAUGAGUCCUGGAUGAGCAAAAGGCUGGUCAGGACAGUAAAUGCCUUUUUGCCAGAAAUGUUGGCUUCUGUUUUGCUUCACUCUUGUUCUCUCAUUAUCUGUAUGACAUAGAAAACAAAAAUCCUUUUAUACCCCAGUUUCUCCAUCUGUAAGUUAAUGAUAAUACAUUCCUAGGUAGUAGUAUUUGUAGCGUUUCUUUCUGCAUAUGCAAGCAAUUGGAUGUGUUUAUCUGUGAGCUUGCCUUUCUGUUUCUGCACCAGUUAAUCCAUGAAUAUUCAUGAUGACUUCAGCAUAAAGUGACUUAUACACAUGACUGGGCCAUCAUAGAUCAAAUAUCACAUGCAGAAUGUUUCAUAUUACUUUAUUCAUUUCAAAUACAGAACUCUUCAGCUGAAUCAUUACAGAUUUUCAGCUGUUUCAUCAGGUGCUGAGUAAACAAGUGGUGAAAAAUCCAGCAUGAACUGAAAUAGCCUGCUAAUAAAGUGAUAUGUUUGGAUAGAGUUUACCCUUACACUCACACAUUAUAUGAAAGGGAAAUGUUUAGCAACAUCAGUACUUGCUCUGUAAGACAAAAUGUGAAACUAGGAGCCUUACCCUAUUGAAAUGAAAUAGCUAUUCCCAUUUCAUUUAGCACCAGCCACCCCCUACAUGAGAGCAGUUCUAGAGAAGGUGUGCAACACACUGCUGAACCUGCAAGAGGAGCUCAAUGAUCUAGAUCGGGCCGCAGGUGAUGGAGACUGUGGCAGCACACAUGCACGAGCUGCCAGAGGUUAGUGCUCAUCCGACAACUCCCUUGCUAUUUUUGGAGCACAUAACCUCUGCUUGUGUUCCAUUAUAGACUUGGGGUUGUAAGUUAAAUGAAUAAAGACACUGGUGUACUACUUUUCUGAAGAACAGAGAAUAUGAGCUGGAUGGAUUAUAUAUGCUGUUUGAUGAUAUGUUGAUAAAAAGUGUGUUGGAAUCCACAGGGUUCCAUCUUAUGCCCUAUGCUAUUUAACAUCUAUAUGAAGCCUCUGGGCCGUAUUUUUGAUUGUAGGUUAUUUUAAAUGUUUUUAAUGUUGCACUUUAAUUUGUUGUAAAUCAUCCCAGGGUGUUGAAGGGUGGGCAAUAAAUUAAAAUACCAUAAUAAUAAUAUUGUUAAGCUAAAAUAGAGCAAAGAAUAUGCUGAAAGUAGUAAAUUUGUUCCGGUUCAGGAGGGAACAGUAGGCUUGGUGGCCUACGUAAAAUGCCUUUCUGAAUCUUCCUGCUGCUAAAGGACUCUUAAGAGAUGCCAUAGAUUGAAUAUGAUAAAAAGGUGUUGGUGUGGGAAAACUAUGUACUCUGACUGAAAAAGGUUGUUGAGAUCUUUUCCCUUGAUGCUUCAGAUUGCCAUACUAAUUGAGACAUAUCUGCAGUAUUGCAAAAUUAGUGAGGGCCCCUCCAGACAUCCUUUUUAUUGUAUAUUCAUGAUUAUUUGUGUUCUUGAUCCUAAUAGAGUUGUCCCAAGCUUUGGGAUGGUCAUACUGCUUCAGUUCCAAUCAGUGCAUAUCCUGUGCUGAAAACCUGUAGCUCUUUUUAACAAAUGUUUAAAAUGUUCAUUUUUGUUCUUCUUUGUUGCAUGAUAGCCUCUCCAGACAUCAGUAAUGUGGUAGCAUUGGAGAAGCAUCACAGCAGCAUAAAUCCGCCAUUUAUGCACUAUUACCGUGUUUAAAAACACAUUGCAGAAUACACCUGCAAUGAACACCAGUCUGGAGGGGCCCUAGCCAGAUGAGAGAUUGUCAAUUUUAACCAGUGAGUGUUGUUUCCUCAGCAAUCCAGGAAUGGGUGGAGUCAAAACCUCUACCACUAUACCCCUCUCAGCUGCUCUCUGCCCUAGCAAAGUUACUGCUGGAGAAGAUGGGGGGUUCUUCGGGGGCGGUGAGUGUUAGAAGAAUUUGGAUAACCUGUUUAAGGUUGUUCCUUGCUCUUAUGUAAGGGUGAUUGGUACUACUAGAAUUUGUGUGUAUAGUGGGAGAAGGAGCAACAGUUAGGAAAAAGUAGCAAAUAAGCAUUUUUACUGCUGACACAUAUUCUCUAAAAAUGUGGCUCAUGUUAGGAUACAGGGUGGGAGAUGAUCAGAAUAUUUUAAACACUUUCACAUGGAGAAACUGGGAGCUUCCUAGUUGUGAGACUUAAACUAGCCCUACAACAAGCAACUCUUUAGAGUGCAAUACUGUAUCCCUUUCUCAUCAAUAAAUGCUCUUUUGCUGAGAAAUUAAGUUUUUGAAUUUUAAUAUCUAAUAUACAGAACCGGCAUAUUCUCAUAACUUAAAAAUUAAAGCUUUUACUAAAUUGGAGCAAACUUGUAUGCAUGUAGUAGUUCCAAAAUACACUGAAACUAUUUCCACUGAGAAAUUUAAAUGUAGUCUAUUCAUGCAACAGACAGUUGUAGUAGAAUAGACUAUGCUACUUUGGAGGUGGGGCACAUUUUGGAAAGAAGUUCUAACAUAAAAGGAGUAAAAAGGUAAAGGGACCCCUGACCAGUCGUGGCCGACUCGGGGGUUGCGGCGCUCAUCUCACUUUAUUGGCUGAGGGAGCCGGCGUACAGCUUCCAGGUCAUGUGGCCAGCAUGACUAAGCCGCUUCUGGCGAACCAAAGCAGCACACGGAAACGCUGUUUUUACCUUCCCACCGGAGCGGUACCUAUUUAUCUACUUGCACUUUGACAUGCUUUCGAACUGCUAGGUUGGCAGGAGCUGAGACCGAGCAACAGGAGCUCACCCCGUCACGGGGAUUCAAACCGCCGACCUUCUGAUCAGCAAGUCCUAGGCUCUGUGGUUUAACCCACAGCGCCACCUGCGUCCCAGAUAAAAGGAGUACGGUUAGGCUAAUUUCUACUUACAAAAUGUUUUUAGUGUAGAGGAUAAUGCACAAAUGUGAUCUCUUGCCCACAGUCAGAAGUGCUACAGUCCAUUUUACUACCUCAGGACUCUAGUCCAUCUCAUUCUGUUGUGUUUAGAGGUCAAAAGCUAUCACAAAGGGAAUUCAUGAAGCAAUGGUGUUGGACAAUGGAGACACAGGUUUAUAUCCCCUUUUGUCUGAUACUCAGUGGGUGCCUUUGUGGUUAGUUAGUCUCACAACAUGGCAGAUAUGCAGAUAGAAAAGAUGUGCCAUAGACCUUGGAACUAGGGUGGGCUGUAAUAAUUUGUUUUACUAGGGCCACUGAAUUCUGAUUUUGAUCUGAUAGCUCUUAGACUACCUUGACUAUGGAAACUUUAUUAAAAGGUUCUUUCUUAAGACGCUUUUUGCUAAAAAGAAGUUCCAUUCAUCUUAUUUUGUUAGAUUUUAUUGCAUUUUAAACGAUUUUCUGCCUCAAGCUGUAGGAGUAGAUAAGGUGGGAAUUGUAAUAUGCUAAAGAGAAAUACUGCAUUUGAUUAUUGUAUUAUUACCCUAGACUUUAUCAGAGAUGAAACCACUUUGUUUUCUUACAGCUCUAUGGACUGUUUCUAACAGCAGCUGCUCAGCCCCUAAGGACUGAUGAUGAAUUGGCAACUUGGUCAGCGGCCGUGGAUGCUGGUAUUGAUGCCAUGAUGCGGUGAGUGUGACCCUUACAUGACUACAGCAGAGUAAUUAUUACAUGUGUUCCCUUGCUAUUUCCAUCCUUGCUAUAUGAGUGAGACUGUCUCUACAGUGAGAGGGAUACACAUGUGGAACCUACACUACUAACUGUAUUCAUCUGACAGGUAUGGAGGAGCUGCACCUGGAGACAGAACUAUGGUGAGUAAUAUGCCCUAGCACUGUCCUUCAUUAAGGCCACUUCCAUUCCAGAUAUUUGCUGCAUAUCUACAGUGUCCCAGGAACUAAUUUUAGGGGAUAUCUACACAAUGCCAUGCUUGAGUUGUUGCCUUGUUAAUUCAAAUUUACUGUAAAUACCAGCAUAGAUGCAAAAAUUCCAAAGGUAUGGCUUUGAAUUUUUGGAGACAGUUUGUUUCUGGGGUGUUAUAACACUUCUGAGGGUUGCUCCACUGCCAUGCUGCCUCACUUGUGUUUUGUCAUAGAAGGACACACUUGAGUCAUUGUAUUUCAAGGAACAGCCAUGGAAGGUUGUUACUCUUGCUUUGAUGUGAAGUAUGGAGAAAGGAGGGUCUGUGCUCAAAGAAAAUGGGUACUCUCAGACAUGGUCAGAUGGGAUACCAUGAAUGCAAAAACACAAAAUUCAGGAAGGUAUGAGCAGUGUCAUGCUAUCCCAUAUUGUGAUAAGAGCGGAAUGAGAAGGGAAAGAAAUCAGGAGAAGCACCUGAAAUUUCUUCUUCUGCCAUGGAGCUAGCUCAAGGCAAAAGUGACACCACUUAUUUUUUGGCUUUACUUAGAAGUCAUGGCUUACAGUCUUAACUAUGGUUACUUUAGAAUGCUUCACACAUCUGCACAUGCCAGACACUUGACACUAGCAAAUUAGUGUAGUGUUAGUUAGCACAAUUUAUCUAAACAAUAGUUACCAACAUUAACUUGCCUUGUCCAGAAUGUAUGGAAUAUUUCCCAUAACAUUCAGUUUCAGCAAACAUUUCCAGGUGUUCAAGGUUCAGAUAGGAGACUAUCCCUGUCAAGAUAAUGACUGUCCAUAACUAGCCCUGAUAGAGCUAUUGUCCUCUUAAUUAUUCUUUGUCUCUUUGCUAGCUGGAUUCACUCUGUGCUGCUGCUGAGCAGCUCAGAGCCCUGAAGAACCCACAGACUAAUCCACUGAAGGUUCUGACCAAAGCUGUAGAAGUGAGUAUGUUAAUGUACCUACAACCCAAAGUGUAAAAAACCAAACAAAACCCUUUUGCAUCAUUUAGGAAGAUGAGAGCAGGGUACUAUAAGCAAGUUUUCUCAGGCUAUAGAUAUGUAGUAUAUGUCCCGUAUCUGUAGUUCUGUACAUUCUCAUAUUGUCUAAUCAGCAUAAGUCUUUAUUAUCAGUCACACAGUAUCAAUUUCACUAGUAGUCCAUCUGCAAUCUGAAAAAUUACCAAACACUUAAAAUCAUUAGGCAAAAUCCUAAAGUGGUUUGUUCGCAGCAUUAGGACUAAAAGGCAUCACAUCACAACAUAAAUGGGGAGGACUAGUGUCCAGAUGAGGGCUUAUGGUUUCAAAUUUAGAAGCAUAUGAAAGCUUUUGGUGGUAUCUAUCUACUCUUAAUUCCUUGCAAAUGGUGAGCACAUAGGUAUCUGUUUCUCCUCUUAUAAUGUCUUGCUUUUUUCUGCAGGAGGCAGAGGCUGCUGCUGAGUCUACAAAACAUAUGGAAGCAGCUGCAGGCAGGGCCAGUUACAUUGGCUCAUCCCGCCUAAAUCGGCCAGACCCUGGUGCUGUAGCAGCUGCAGCUAUUCUUCGUGCAGUGAUGGAAGGAUUGCAGGUUAAAACAAUUUAAUUUAGUGGUGAUUAAUUUAUUGUAUAUAUUUAUAAAAGUAUAUACCACUAAAUCACAAAACAUUUCAAAGCGAUUUACAACAUUUAAAAGAUAAAAGCUACAUUUAAAAAGCAAAUAUAAAAACUAAUUUAAAAGAAAAAGAAGUUAAAAACAAGCAUAAAUAAACCAUGGUGGAGGAUGAACUCUUAAUUGUCUGCAUAAGCCUGGUGAAAUAAAAAGGUUUUCAGCAGGCAUUUAGAAGAUGGCACAGAAGGUCCCUCCUGAAACUCUCUUGGCAGAGUAUUCCAAAGGACUGGGCCAAAGACACUAAAGGUUUGGUUUCUCAUUGUUGUCAAAUGAGCCUCACCAACUCAGGGAACACUCCUGCUGCUGAUCUCAGAUAAAGGUUCAGGCGAUCCCUGAGGUACCCUGGACCUAAAUUGUAGUGAAGCAGGCUGGGAGAUUAUUCUGCUGCCUCUAUUGUAUCCUCGAAGAGCCAUGCAGCAGAAUUGUUUUGAGUGUCUCAGAGUAUGGUUGUGCCAGAAGUAGCAGAUGGGCCUCUGGAACCUUUGGCAGCAUGCUGUGAGCAAUUUGCACAAUGCUUUGGGGAUAAAAUCACGCAGCUCUGUAGUGCCUUGGAUGUCACUGUUACUGCAACUCUAGUUGAGGUGCCCAUUGCAGUACUCUGUGCGGUCAAUUUCAGUUUAUAUGGCCUGAUGAUGUGGACAGAACUCUUACAAUGAUGUGACUAGCUUCUUGCUCUUGACUGCCCAUCCUGACUGGCAAAAGCUUGUUGGGAGGGGUCCUGGGUGCAGUGAUACCUUCUUCCUUUGAUUCAGCUCGUAAUUCAAGACUUGCUAAAAUGUUGUAUCACCAUUCCUCUCCUGUGCAGGGCUCUCCAUUGACUCGAAGUAGCUUCAGAAUGGCAACAUAAUGUUCUUAUAGUACCUUGCUUCUAAUACUUCAGGCUCAAGAGCAUCCUUGCAGUGAAUAGUUUCUGGUGUUUCUGUAACCCUGUGCAUAAGUACAUAAGUGCUUUAUAUUCUUAGUUUUGAGAUCAUUACUUUGUACUUUAUUAAAUUUGGCUGUAAUAAAGAGUCCUAUCUUUGGAGUUGCUUGUGUUGUCACUCUGCUGCUUCAUACUUUUUGCAGCAAUACCUCCCCAUUUAGGAGCUGUUCCUGAAGAUCUUUGAUUAAAGCCAUGCAUUGAUUACAUUUAACAAAACAGGAAGUUUGUACAUCUGUUACUCAGCUAUGCUGACUGAGAUUUCUAGACACCACCCCACCGAUGAAGCCAGGGUGGGCUUUUUUCAUAACAGAAGAAAGCUGUGAUUUAGAUAAAUCUGUGGAGGAUAAGAUAAUCCAUGGCUACUCGUCAUGAUGACCAUAAUACCUCCAGUAUCAGAGAUAGUGCCUCUGAAUAGCAGGGGCUGGGGAUCACAAGCUGGAAAGUAUGGCUGUUCCCAGGUCCACAGCACUGGACUAGAUGGGUCUUUAGUCUGAUCCAGCAGGCUUUUCUUAGUAUGUUAAUGGUGGGUGGGGGUAGAGGCAAAAGUAAGCAGAGCAAUGGAUUUUUGACACAUUAUGGACACACAAUUGUCAGAGGUUUCUACGCAUACACCCUCUCCAUCCAGGUAAACAAGAGAAAGCAUUAUCUUAGUUCAAGGACACACUCCAGCUAGGAAAAGCACUGAAGUAGAGCAUGGAUCAAGGCUGGUGAUGAGACAUGGCCAAGGGAGAUGCUCCCAUUUGGCUCCUGGCCCUGAGGUUCCCUAGCCCUCUAUACAAAGAGGAUGCUCCUUUGAAACUACAUUUUGUAGAGAAAAACUGUUUCAUGGGAAUAGAUAAGCUCAUAUUUGACUUGGGCUAAUCACUGUCCUCAAUAAACCAGGUUUGUACUAGUGGCAGUAACUAAGGAGAAUGAUAUGUGCACACAUAUAUACCCAAGUAGGAAAACAGAAAUAUUCCGACCUUAGAAAUAUUGCACCUUUUCAAAUGUUCAUUCUUAGCUUGCUAAAUUGCUUCCAUGUAUGCAACAGUCCUGAUAAGUUUAUACUUCUGUUUCCUGUUGUAUAUCAAAAGGGGGAACAGUGGCUUAAUAUCUAGUUGACAAAUACUGGAAUAAUGCAACUCAGCCAAUUUCUUCAUAGAAAGCUUACCUGAUAUUGAAUGGCUUGUCUAGGCAAGGAGAAAUGGUAUUAGAAUUAUACUAAGGAGCCAAUCACUACAUUUGCAAAGAACAUUUGUCAAGAAGCAGAUGACUGGAUGGAACUUUCUAAACAACAUUAAGGCUUCAAUCCUAACCCUGCUUACCUAGGAGUAAUCCCUGUUCAGAUCUAUAGGAUUUAUUGGUCUGUAGACAUGGUUAGGAUUGCACUACAAGACAAUAUACUAGUCUCAGGUUGCUUCCAGAUCACCUUUUUAUGGAGCAUUCACCCACAUCUUUCUGUACAAAGUUUGCAGGGAGGUUACAUGAUAUCCACUGUUCCUGAGCAUUUGUCUGCCAGGAGGUUGUACUAUGUUGCUCAAGGAAGUGUUACGUUGUAGGACAUUUCCUCCUUUUCUUGCCACAAAAAUUCCAACCUGGGGGUGGAAGCGUGUUGAUAUAUACGGCAAUGCACAAAAUAUAGUAAACAUUAAAAGUGAAUUUGGUGCUCUCGCACAACCCCGCCCACAAAAUAGCAACACUACAGAAGUGCUAUUAGUACUUUUAAGGUAAAAAUGCCAAACAACAGUUUUAGACAAGAGACUGAGUACUCUGCUCUCCCGCCCCCCUUUCUUUUUGUCUAGGAAUAGAAGAGAAGACUAGGCAUGCCCCAAGCCAAGGUUGCCUCCAGAUGACCUGCGUAUUGAACAUUCAAUUUCCUUGCACAAUGCAUCAAGCAUGUGUUAUCCCACCCUUUCCAGUGCUUUCCCCUAUUACUUUCAUUAUCACAAAAGUAUGAUUGGGGGUGGAAAGGUUUGUGGUCAUGCUGUAUCAAAUUAACUUUAAUUGCACAAACCUAGUUUUCAAUUCCCCCUGAAGAUAGCAACAGCAUUCUCUACUGUUUGCCAUAAGCUUCAUACAUAGGGGCAGCAUGUACAAGAGUUCUGAAACACAUUUGAAACCAAGAGAAGAAGAAAUCAUUGCUUGUUUUAGAAAGGUGGCAAGAAUGAGACUUAGGAGGAGCUGUUGAUGACUGAAAGAGUAUUAUGUAUGUUUAUGGAUGUGUCUGGGGUGGUGGGGAGAAUUAUUUCACCAAUCAGCGUAUAUUAGACUGUGAUGGCCUUUUACCAGUUCUAACAGACUGAAAUCUACAAAAAAAAAACAGCAGGCACCACAUGCUAGGAAUAACUAAGCCAGAUACCAGUGCUCUGAAUCAGGAGGUAUCAGUAAGUGUUAUUCAAGUACAAAUUUAGCUUCAUGCCAAGAAAUAGUUCUCAGCCAGGAAUAGACCAUUUCCCACUGCUUGUUUCGGUAUGGGAGGGAAUCUUUAUGUGGUUAACCGUGGAGAAAGCAAUCUGUCUUUCAUAAGCACCAUCAAACACUACUGACAUUAUAGUACAUACCGUAUUUUUCACUCUAUAAGACGCACCAGACCACAAGACGCAC